CAUUUGCCUAAACUUUUGGGGGUUGGGACCUACACUAGCGAACAAUAUCCUCCACGACAAACAAGGGAAACACCCAGCAGGGACAGCUUUAUCCUUUUGGCACGUUCGCUCAGGAAUAUUUGCCGAGAGGAACUGAUCCGUGAGCUGGACGCUGUCAGGAUGUUGACCCAAGAAGACAUGGACUAUGGAAACCUCACUUACGAAUACUCAGACUUUGGCUACGUAGAGGAGACCAAAGCUGAUGGCUACACUCAGAAAGAAGCUCUUCACAUCAUCUCAGUGAUCAUCUACAGCCUGGCGUUUACUCUGGGUGUAAUUGGGAAUGGCGUGGUGAUCUGGGUGACCGCACUCAAAAGCAAAAGGACCGUAAACAGCGUAUGGCUGCAGAAUCUGGCCAUCGCCGACUUCGUGUUUGUGCUCUUCCUUCCGUUCUCCAUCGACUACGUGCUGCGAGACUUUCACUGGCUCUUUGGGAAGACCAUGUGCAAGCUGAACUCGUUCGUGUGCACCAUGAACAUGUACGCCAGCGUGUUGUUCCUCACCAUCCUGAGUUUGGAUCGCUACAUCUCACUGGUUCACCUCAACUGGUCGGAAAGGUAUCGUAACGUCCGGCGGGCCUGGUGGGCGUGUGCGCUGAUCUGGAUCAUAUCUUUCUGUUUAAGCUGUCCGGCCCUGAUAUUCCGAGACGUAAUCCAACAUGACGGGAAGAUCGUGUGUUUUAAUAACUUUCACAAUGAGAGCAUGCACAUGGUAGCGGUGAGACACAUUGCACUCGUGGCUCUGCGAACCACCGUGGGCUUUCUGCUUCCGUUCGCCACCAUCACCGUAAGCGGCGUGUUGCUCGCCAUCAAGAUGCGCCAGUCCGACUCGUUACGCUUGACCAGCUUCUCCCGAACCGUCUCCGCUGUGAUCCUCGCGUUCUUCUUGUGUUGGGUGCCGUUCCACACUUUUAGCCUGAUGGAGCUGAGCAUGCACCACAGCACAUACCUUCACUCCGUGCUCAUGGUGGGCUUCCCGCUCGCCACCAGCCUGGCCUUCUUCAACAGCUGCGUCAACCCCAUUCUCUACGUACUGCUCACCAAGAAAGUGCGUAAACUGGUGAGGAGGUCGUUGUUCAACUUCACCAAGAACUCGCUGAGAGAGCUGAGUCAGUCUGUGUCUGCCACUGAGUUAGACUCGGCACUGGUCAGCUAUUCUCCUGAAGAGCCCAUGGCCAACUCCUCCAUCUGAUGGGCUGCAGUCCCGACUCAAGAAAGCCCUAGAGCUCCAACUGGACUGAAAGUAGAUAGGUUGGGAAAUACUGGCUUUUAAAGGUGCAGUAAGACCAAUGUUACUCACAAUGGCUAUGUUUACAUGCACUCCUUGUGUUGAAUUCAUUUCCGAUUGAUGAAUCUGAAUGUAGUGUUUACAUGAACGCUAAACCUGUGAUCGGGUUUAUAUCGGGUA